CGCUUACCCCCCUGCACGCUUUGACAGUUGUGAAAGAGCAGAACUGAGCGUGUAAAAAACCUCCCAACCCCACGCAAACGCAAAAGGUCCACGGGAGGCGCGCGCAAGGAAUUUCGAGCGUCGUGCCAAUGAGCGUUUUUGGGCACAUGCAUGUUUUGGGAUGGUUUGUGUAAGAAUAUUCCAGUCGUCACGUUAAGUUUUGUGGGAAAGUUUGUUUUUGGGACUCGUUGGCAUUUCUUAAGGCUACAUCUCACGCACGGGACAGUGUGUGUUUAACAUCUAGUGAACAGAAGUGAAACAGUAGCUGGUAUCAUCGGCUCAGGUGUACCUGAGUGUGUCCAAGGGAGCAGACACACCUGUGAUAGAGAACAAGAGAUGUACACAACAGUCCUGCUGUUCUCUCUGUUUCUCCUGCAUGUGACCUGCACGCCUCAGUUAUACGGUCACCGUGGGAGGAGAGUGUGUCUUGGAGAUGCCCGGAGUCCCCGUGUACCCUACAGCACAGAGUCGUUCCUUCAACCUGUACACAAACCCUAUAUCACCAUGUGCCAAAACCAGCGCAUGUGUAGCACAUACAAAACAAUCUACAGAGUGUCUUAUAGGCAAGUGAGCAAAGGGGUUGCUCAUGUGCACAUGUACUCAGACUGCUGUCCGGGCUGGAAACGCAUGCAUUCACACAACUGUAACCAAGCUGUGUGUGAACAUUCUUGUGCAAAUGGAGGAUCGUGUUUGCGCCCUAACCAAUGUGUGUGUCUGAAAGGAUGGACGGGACGGUACUGCCAGACAGAUGUAGACGAGUGUACAGAAACGCACGGCUGCUCACAGAAGUGUGUGAAUACACCGGGGGGUUACCAGUGUGUGUGUCGGGAGGGAUUCAGUCUGAAUGAAGACAGAAUGACAUGUUCGAGAAUUCCCACGCCCUCCCCCCCGCCCGCCGCUCCUCCCACAGGAGACGAUCUUUCAUCCAGCGCUGAUGCUGGUUUGAAAUUGGUGGAGAAUGUUACAGAAGAGGUUCAGAUGCUGAAGAAUAAAGUGGAUCUACUCGAGCAGAAACUGGAGAUGGUUUUAGCUCCGUUCACCACUCUCUUCCCGGUGAACGGUGUGGGGGGUGUAGGAGACAGUAACGGCUUCCUGUCCGACCGCACCAACUUCCUGUCACAUUCACUGCAGCAACUGGACCGCAUCGACUCGCUUAGUGAGCAGGUUGGAUUUCUGGAGGAACGGAUCGGAGCCUGUGCCUGCCAAGAAAAUUAAACAAUCACUUAAAGAUGGGCUGGAUCCUCUCACGUGAAAACAACAGCUCUGUCAUUUCCAUCAACAAGCUCAGCGCUGAUCAAAGUCUAAACAAUGUAAACACUUUAAAUCGAUCCAAAUGUUGAAGACACACAUUUCUGUUCGAGCGCAUCCAGUUUUACAGAGUCUGACCUGGUGCUUUGAUUCAUUUUUUUUGUAUUUCAUUGAAUUCUUUUUUGUAAGUGUCUCCUUGUGUACGUAUGAGCCAGGAGAAUGUAAAUUUAUAUAUUUAUAAUUCCAGUUUUUUUCCUAGGUAUUGCUGUGAUGAAAACAAGUGUAAUAUUUUCAUUUUUAUAUUUGCACUUUUUGUAAUAAAACUACUUCUAAAACUUUUAAAAUAAA